AUGAGAACAUUUAGAAUUUUAUCUGCUUCUGGUUUUACACAACUGCUAGUUUUAACUAAUGCCAUCUGCAUGGGUUUUUGGAUUGGCUACUCAAAUAAAACCGAAUAUUCGAAUUACUCUAAUGCUUUUAACAACUGGUCUUUGGCUAAUCUUCAAAAGAUUAAUGUUCAAGAAUUAUACACUCGUCAACGGCAGAGCUUACGUCCCUGGUUUGAAUUUUUCAAUACUGCUAAGUUUAAAACGCCCAAAAAUGUGGCCACUGGCACAAAGCGAUUAGUGGCAAAUAUCGAACAUUAUCAAACCAACUAUGUUAUCGUUAUUAUCAUUCUAUCUAUCUAUUGUGUAAUUACGACACCGUCAUUAUUGUUUGUUCUAUUGGCUAUGGCUGCCGGAUGUUACGUAGUUAAUGUUAAAAAUCGAGAAAAACAAUUAGUUCUGAUGGGGCGUCAAAUUCCUCUAACACAACAAUACGUAGCAGUACUUUGUCUUUGUAUUCCAUUGUUGGUCAUGGUCGGAGCUGGUGCAGCUAUCUUUUGGAUUCUCGGCGCAUCAGUGUUUGUCAUUGCUCUUCAUGCUAUUUUUCAUCAAUCGCCAAAUCAAGAUGCAUUCGGUUUGCAAUUGGAAGAAGUUUAA